AGAAGGAUAUUUUAGACGGCUGCUAUCGGCCUUCGUAAUAAUGCGUUCAAGCGUGGAGUUUAUAGCGAGUGUUAGAUACAUACCUGGUAUGCUAGUAACAUUAGAUCAGCCUUUACGAUCGAGAGCCACCCUUUUCUGAAGAUGACAAGAUGGAAACCGUGGAUCUAAAAUUUAGUGCCUGCCAUUCAGUAAAUGCCCAAGUACAUAAUGACAGUAAGUCUGCACAGGAGCAGGCGUUUGGAACAUGUGUUUUACGAACACGCCCGUCGUUAGUGCCUGGUCGGCGAUACAAACUGAUAGUGGAGGGAAAAGGAAAAGUCGACAUCUUUGUGACCCAGAAUACAGAGACUUUUGUACAACAAACUAAAAUUACGUUAGACAAAGACACAUACAACACGCAUAUCUACUGCAUGCACAUUCAGGAUGGUAUGUUCAUGUCAGGCAGCGGUACCACCGAUCUAUUUUUGGAAGAAGAAAGCAAACCAGGCGAUGGUCAUACUAGACGACUGAGAGCUGUGGAGAAUGACACAGAGAAGCCAUGGCUCCUCUUUUUAAACGUUCAGGGAAACAUCAGCUUAAUUACCAUAGUGACAGAAGGUGGUGAAAAGGAAGAUCAGCUAACCUUUAGUGAUGAUACAGAAGGGUGUCAAUCGGAGCUGCUUAGUGCAGACAAAUCUACCUUUAGACGUAACAUUGAGGAUACGUCUGUUUGUUUUGGAAACAGACUAUUGAAAGCAAAUGAGGAGAUAAGAUUAAAGGUGACACGAACAAAACAUGACGGGGUCUGCGAGAUAGGAGCAAUGUCCGAGGAACAUUUCAGUCAUAUGACCUUAUCAAGAAAAGGUUUCGGAUACCAGGUAGUUUCGAAAUAUCUGACACAGCCCGUUCUACGAAAUAACGUACUACAUGAACCAACGACCAGUCAGAUUGUGGUCAGCAUUCCUAUGGUAGAGUCCGGAUUGCCAGUGUUCAUGUUUUCGGGCUGCACUCUGGAUUUAUGUACAGAUAAUCCCAGUCGAGGUCUGUCAGAGGAGACGUCUCUAAAGGAAACUAAUGAAACCACAAGCGGAGUAGGUGAACAACUACAGCAGGUACAAAAAACGCUGGCAUCUCUGGAAAGAAAAUUGAGUCAAAAAGAAAACAAUGACAAUGAACAUAAAACGCAAAUUCUAGAUGUAAUGAAGGCCGCUCAACACGAAGCUAAAUUGCAAUCUACUUCUCUGUCUGAAUUGAGAGACCAGCAAUGUGAAAUGAUGACAGUAAUUAAAGGUACACGGGGAACAGUCGAAAAAACAAACGUUCACGUGAAAACGAUCAGCAGCAAGAUAAAUGAAGGGUUGAACAGAAAAAAUACGAAUCCGCGUGAUGACAGAUCGCUUGAAAUGUUGAGCAAAUACAUCAGUCCAAACUACGCUAGAAUCCAGAAUUCCCUCUGUGAAAAUGAAUUUAUGGAUUAUUUGUUACAAGACGGCGUAUUGACAGGACAACAAAACGAAGAUAUCAGAAAAAAGAACGAAGGCGGAGACAGACGUAGGAAUUUGCUUGAUGUUCUGAGUAAAAAGCCAGUAAGUCAUCUACCUAAAGUUAAGGAAGCUCUUAAGAAAAGUGGAAAUACACAUCUGCUUAAGUACUUUGAAGGAUGACAAUGCAAUAUUUAUAGAGGGUGUAUAAAGACUGACAAUGAACAUUUAUAGAAGUUUUAUAAAGACUGACAACGAACAAGGUGUAUUUAUUCUGUGAUGACGGCCCAUAACAGAUUUGCAUAUAUUUUCGUGUAUGUUCAUUUCUGUUGAUACAUAAAAAACAGGUUUACUGAAAUAAGUAAUGUACUUUUGAAGUUUGAUGUUGGCACUAUACAGUAUAUGAUUAAAACAUGAUUACCACGUGAUAUCAUAACGUGAUAUUACAAACAAGAUUUUAUCAUCACGUGAUAUUACUAACCAGAUUUUGUCAUAUCGUGAUUUUUUCUAGCAUGGUUUUUUCAUCACGUAACAAUUACAUGUACUAACAUGGUUUUAAGUAUCAAGUGAUAUUACUAAAAAGAUUUUAUCAUCACGUGAUAUUUACUAACAUGAUUUUAUCGUCACAUGAUAUUGCAUGUACUUGCAUGAUUUAAGCAUCACGCAAUAUUACAAACAUUGUUGUAUCAUCACGUGUUAUGACUUACUUUUGAUUUUAUUUUUUGUAUAACUUGCAAUAGUCACUCGGCGAGAUUGUAAGCAUGCAUAGGUCUUAAUGUGGGUUUUAACAGUGCCCACGUGGUCGAGCAGGUAGUCGAUUACCUUUUCAUGUUUAAUCGGGGAAUCAAACCCUGGUCUUCUUGGUUCAAAGUCGAGUGCGCUAUAUAACACCCGAUCACCUGAUUUUAUAAUGUUCCUUUAGCGAUAUGAGAAUUUCAACAUAUAUAGUUCUAUCUCUGACGGUUACACAAAUAAUGCUGCAUAGUGUUGUGUUCCGUCAUGAUAAAUUCUCUUUCUUAUGCAAAUGAGGUGAUCCUUUUUUAUCGUUUUUUUAUCCAGAAUAUGAAUAUUUCAUGAUGUUUUUAUAAUAAUGCGCGUUAAAUGACCAAACAAGACAAGUAAGUGACAAGGGAAAUAACUCGUGAAUCUUUCCUGAAUAAACACAGGACCCUUUAUGUUUUUUAUGUCCUAUAAUAAUCUGUGUUGUGGAGAUGACUAUGUUACACAACUUAUUUGAUUAAAUAGUGUUAGAUUAUUGAUAACUUACACAUUGAUUUAAUGGAAGAUACGAGUACGGCUGGUACAUCCUUCCUUAGCCCAUGGUUUUGCUGCAUUAUUUUUUAGAUAUUUUUUCAUUUUUAGGUUUUUCAUCUGUUUUCCGGUCUUACUUUUAGAUGAGUGUUUCUUGAUAAAAAAUUAAUGUAAACGUUUCAUUGGUUAAAUGAAAGUUCCUUGUUUCGUAUCCUUAGGAAAGAAAGUUUCGUAACUUCCUUAGUGUCCUUAAACGUAUGAUUUGAUACAUUUUGAUAUUGUUGUUUGCAUAUAUAAUCAUAAUAUAAUGUUUGUUUUUGUUUUUGUUUUGUUUUGUUAUGAUGCCAGAUACCUAUUUUGUACCUCUGACGGUUGUUUAUAAAGUCACCCCUUUACUGUUGACUACAUGAAGUACUUGCAGAAGGAUGGCAGGAAACAAAUGUCAUCAUUUUCCAUAGUCUUAGUUCCGAAAGCGUAGCACAUGCCUCCUAACACUAUUUUUGUACAUUUAUAUUUAACAAUGUCUAUCAUAUUUACAUGUAUUAUUUUGUGUUCAAUAUUGUGCAAUAACACUUUACUAAUAGAGAUUAAUAUUUUAUUUAUAUUGAACUAUUACUUGUUUUGUUUGUUCCCUAGUUAGUGUUUCUGUGAUUUUUAAUUUUGACAGUCAUCUCAUUGAUAUAUUGCAGUAAGUUAUAUCUUUACGAGGACCGUGUUUAGGCAUAAUAUUUUCCGAGUAGUUUUCAAACUGCAAAUUUAUCACAGCACGAACUUGACAUGAUUUUCUUGUACAAAACCCAAGCCAUAUACAUUAUAUUGAUACCCAUAGAACAAUCACAUAUGUGUACAGUAUGUUAAUACUAUAGAUCUGAAAGUUAUAUGUUUAAAUAUAUUGAAAAUAAAUACAAUCGAUGGGGCAAUAUUAUUAAAUACUUCUGUGUAAUUCCAAAACAUGUAUAAAGUGUCGCUAAACCACUAUGUAUGUAGUGUCCAUAUAAUAUUUGAUUUGGCUGAUUAUCGGAAAUAUUUUGCUAAAGAAGACAUGAAAAGCAUUUUGAUUAUUUUUCCAGUAUCAAAGAGUUUCUACUUCUGAUACAAAUGAGCUACAUUCAUAUGGCAAGUACCUGGAUGCUUUUUUUCCAUUAUUUUGCUUGAACUCGAUGUAAUAUUAACCGUUUAGUUGAAUAAGUGUGUCUAAUGCAAUUUCGAUUACCUAAAUGACAUAAUGUAUAUCUUAAUUGGUGUGUAUAUGUUGUGCACGUAUAUGUACAGGUAACAUUAUCGUCCUGUUUACACGCAUAGUAAUACAAGGUGAAAUCCAAGUUUGGUCACGUCCUCAAAGAGAGUUACAUGCCAACAGUCAUAAUUGAUCUUCAUUUUUCGAAAGACCUGAUUGUAACUAUGUCAGGCAUCAUUGAAAUAUAUCAGGAUAUUGUUAUAUUUGCAGCAGGCCCAUGAAUAUUGAGUCAUAUGUGGCACGUAAACACUGUAGAUGGGCGAAACAUGGAUCUUACUGUCAAGAAAGGGAAAGUUAAGAACAGAUAAUCGAAAUUGUAAUGCCUUGCAUGCAGUUUAUUUGAAAGUGGCUGAUGUAGAAGAAUAUGUUAAUUCCACGUGGUCAAUAAAUGUCGUGUUAUUAAUGUCGGUACACGUGGAAUUGACGGACAUUGUUUGACUAGACCUGUGUACAUGCCCUGAUACAUGUAAGUUAUUAAAUGGAUAAAACCUUAUAAAAAAAAAGCACACAGGGUUAGUAGGUCUACUGGAAAGACUUGCCAGCGAACUCAACAAAAAAAUGGUUACCCAGGAAUUAUACAACAAUAAAGACGUAUGAUUUUAUGUCCAAUGGGUUCAUGUGAACCUUGAUUAUGAUGACACUAGAAAUUAGAGAUAAUUUAUAUAUAUCAACAAUAGUCAAAAUUGUUUUGCUAUUGAUUUGUUAUAUUAUAAACCAAGAACACGUGAAUUAGUUAACUUCGAUAAUAGUGACAUAUAUCAAGUAACAGUUAGUUACAUGACAUAGUCAUGAUAGAAAAAAAAACAGGCGUCAGUGCCACAUCGUCCCUCUACACUCUACAGAAAGGGUUGUUAAGAAAAUUAGGAGAGUAUGUGUAAUACCCUUGUAAUAGACCACCUACACACAUUACAGCACUAGUGAUGGCACAAUACACAUAGUUACUUAUUAAGAUAUUACUUCUACCAUUGUCGUUACAGACAAACUACCCGGGUUUAAUUAUACAGAUCAUAGUUGAAGGUAGGUUUCCUUAUUUCUGUGUUAAAUGUCACAGGUGCCAUUACUCCUGGCCAAUUACAUGUCUUUCGAUUCACAAACACUAUGAGCUUGAGACGUCAACAUAAGGUGGUGUAUAUAUUUAUUAGAUAUGGGAGAAACCAAAUAUGAUUGAUUAAGAUAAAUAUCCAAUUUUCGGAAUAGAUCAUCAUUUUAUAUCAAUAUAAUAGGAUAAAUUCGCAUCCGAGAAUAGUAUCAGGUUACAAUAAGCAAAAGCAAUAUCUUGAUAUACGUCUAUCAAUAAUUAUUUUUUUCUGCAACUUUGGAUUUUUGAAGUAUAAAUUUCAUGAUAAGAUAAAUGUAACGAUUAAGAUGAUUAAAAGGAUAUGAACCUCCCUUGUUUGGUUAUAAACUAUUUUGGAGAAUCAUUGAGUACUUGAUUCGCAGUAUCUUCGUUGAGUUUGGUUUCAUGAUUUUCCAGCAUUCCUGUGCAUACAAACUCUUAACCGACUUGAUAAGAGUCUGAAUUUAUUGACGAACUUAUCAGGGCUGGUAACAAAAAACUUGCCAAAUCCUUCAAUUUUACUUUAAAACAUACCGAUGCUGUGCUGUCUUUAAAAAGUAACACAUUAAUUGACCACGUUGAUCAUAUAUAUCUUCUAGAACUUGGCAACAAAGAUGCUACAGACUAUAUAACCUCAGUUGUUUACCUGGAUCUUUAUAUCAACAUGACCAACUGUGGCGGUCUUUUUUACGAAGCAUGAUGAUUUUUGGAUUGUGAACUCUCCGUUUCAUGACAGUUACAUUCAUGUUUCUACAUGUCACAAUUAAUUCGGUAUUUACAGCAAUGCAAAACAUAUCCUGAUUUCCUUGAAAGAUGUUGACUGCUUGUGACUGUUGACUAGCAUACAUAGGUCGCCAUCAUGAUCUUAUUGGGAUAUUACGUUUCCUUGUGCGAUAUCGAUGUUGAUGUUUUGAUUACGCUCAAAAGUGUGCCUUGUUGUUUCGUUAUCACUAGCACGGUUCUUAAUUUCGUGACAUGACUUUACUUGGUUUUUAAAUCAGUCAAGUGUGUCUGGUAUUGGGUACCACUGAAUUUACAUGGUUCAAUGAAAAAGAUAAUUGACUUAUUUCAGCUGACCGGUAACUCAGUGGACAGUAUUAGAGACUUGGAUUUACCUGGCGAUGAUGUUACGUACAUGUAUACACUUACAUUUAUAGAGCACAGAUGAAGAAAAUUUGAUGUAAUUGUUUCACCCAAUCUCAUGGUGGCUUUGCCUAUAAAAUGUAACUGUAAUAGUUAUUGUUUUAUAUAGAUCUCUAAGUCCCAAGUCUGACACUCUGGUGUACUAUUCAAUUUCACCAGCUCGGGUGGUACCUUUUUACAUAGACUUUUUACAUUAUCAUCAUCAUCAUCAUCAUCAUCAUCAUCAUCAUCAUCAUCAUCACUAUCAUCAUUGUCAUAAGAAGGAGGGAGGGAGGGUAUAAUGGGGUUGGUGGUAGAUUUUUGUUUCUAAUUAAUAAGUAGGUUAUUGGCACAUACACUCGUCUCUGUCAAUGAUUCUAAACAAUGAAAUGAAAACUCUCGUGUGGCUGAUGUAAUGAUGUGUAGUCAUCAUAGAUUAAACUUUAGUAGUCUAUCCCUGUGACUGUUAGUGCCUUUGUAAUCUGACAUCAGAUCCUCAUACCCUCUGUUACACAAACCCCAUCAGGUCGCCCCAGCCAUAGUUUCUCCUAUACCAGGGUUCACACAGGUAAAAUUUACCCGUAGAAAAGUCAGUAUGGAUACCGACACAUUUAUUAUCGAUAAAGAAAACCUACAUUCUUGUUAAUACCAAAGGUACCUAUCAUGAAUGAUUAAUUAUAUAUAGUACAUAUAUUUGUCUUGUUUACGAUAGUUCCUAGAUUAAUAUGAGAUUCAACUAUAUUUUUUAUAUAUAAUAUAAUAUACAAUUAGCCUUCGGUUACAAGCUAACCGAGGAGAUAUGCAGUUAAAACAGCAUAUUUGAUGUAAGUAACUUCUGUUUGUUUGUGUAUUUUUGUAUUGUAUUAUUGUUUCAUGGUCUCUGUAAGAUAUUGUUAUAUGUAAAUGUUCAUGUUCUUGUCUUGAUCAAAGGGCAAAACGCCCUGAAAAUUUGACAAAUUUCUUUGUCUGCACUGUCGUUAUUACUUCCUUGCCCAUAUAUAAUGUAAUAUAUACAUAUGUGUAUAGUAAAAGACUGUUUAUCUAUAAGACAGAGUAUCAUAAAUUUUACACCACUAAUGCAUGUGCAUGCAUAUACAUGCACUGAUAAUUAAACAAGUUAUCGCUCUUUUUUUAUAUUUGUUAUCGCUUAUAUACUCGAAAAGAAAACUUUCAUUUGAGCAUGAUAUUAGUUUAGUACAUGAGUCAAAGUUUAAGAAUACUGCUGCAAUUAUUUUAAGUAAGAGUAAGAGUUUAAGUAAUAGUAUUUUUAGUAUUUUAAGUACUACAUACCAUGUAGCAUGUUUUACAAUCUUUUUAAAGUGGAGAGGCAGGGAGAAGUUCACAAUAUGUACUAACUGAUCAAAACCAGACAAUGAUUAUGAUAAAGAGAAUUGUACACUGUAUCUAACCCCAGUGCACACGCUUGUGAACUGUAGUUCACUUUACUUGUCAACUCCAGUACAUUAGGCUAUCAAGUUAAGUUUGCUCCCAAUUGUAGAUCAUUUCAGAUGAUUUGUAGUAUCUCGAUAUAUUUAAUAAUUUCAGUCCUGGCGGCUAGAUAAACCCAGAAAAUUGAAUUACAAUAACGUAUCUUCGUUGUCUGGUAAUUAAUUGUGAUAAAAUCUUAACUUUAAACACAAUUUGUAUAACUGAAUUAGUAUACACAUUGCACUUUUAAAAUUGCGAAAUUCGUUGCGGAAAUAUUUCCUCAACAACUGCCACAAUGUUCUUCAUUUCCAGCCUAUGGUAUUAUUUCGGAUAAUUUAACAGCAUUUUCUCUCUCUAAUUUUCCUGUGUGUAAGAUAGAGCUGUACAUGGUGUAGGAAACUAUCUUACACCCCAUUUCACGUGACAAGACGUGACAAUGGCUCAACAAUGACGUGACAUCGCGAAUUUGGAACUCUCUGAUGCCCCAAUGCGGAAAAUGCGACGUGAUGAAAUUAAAACCUUUUACGAUAUAUUUACCGUACACGUUAGAAAGAUGUGAUUUAUUUUCUGCGCAAACAUUGUUUGCAAAUAUUGGAUAUGCUUAAUCUGGCUGGCUGAUUCGUUUUCGUAUACAAAGCUCAGAGUAUAAAUUGAUAUUUUUGAAAUGGUGGCUAGUCCAAGCGCAUUUAAAUGGUUUCUGGGCUUAUUCUGCAAUUCCACCCUCGGGGUUUUUAAAUUUGGCAAAACUCUCUGCAAAGCCUCGGGUUUUACUAAAUUUGAAAACCCCUCGGGUGGACUUGCCCUAUCCUACACCACUGGGCUUGAAAGAGUCUUAUAAUCUUACUUACAUGUCGUGACACCGCAACGUUUCUUUUUAUUUUCGAGAUAUGGGAACACAAUAAAUCUAACUCGAUUAUACAUUCUGAUUUGCAUCCACUCGCGUGAUGAAGUUUAUCGUUUGUGCAUGUCCUGUGUUUCGAGUUUUAAUCGAAUGGCCAAAAACAUAAUUAAUCAAAACACGUAGUAAAUUUCCUACACUGGUGGUAAUCAUUGUAAUAUUCCUGAAGAAAAACUGCCAGUCCUUUUAUUUGUCGAUACGUGGAGGUAAAGCUUUAGAUUAAGUGUUAGCGGAUGUAACUUUUAAACGUAACAAAAUCUGGUAUGCUUGAUUAAAUGGGUAGAGUUCGAUAACAAAUUGCAUGUAAAAUAAUGUAUUCGAACCUAUCACGACUGUAAUUUGAGUUUAUUGUCUUCUUGUGUUUUUGGAGCGCGUUUUAUUGUAAUUUUGUCUUGUGUUUGAAUGCAUAUUGUACAUUUGAUCUUCUCUGCAAUUGAACAACUUUCUGCUCUUCGCGAACUUCUCUGAUAGGUUUCUUACUGAUUUGUUAAUUAUGUGUGCCAAAAUGCAAUAUGAUAUAUUGGUAACAUUCCAAACACCUGGGGUUUGAAACUGUUUAAACUGGUUUACAAGAAUGCCAUGUACGUAAGAAAGGAAACAGGUAUACUUGUUGACGUGAUUGGAAGGGAUCUUUUAUGAAAUUGAAUUGUCCGUCUCUCUUUAGUUAUUGCGAAGGUAGAGGUGAUAGUUAGGUUCCUGUUUUUGGAAUUUCACUACAUUUCGAACCUUCCAAAUUGUAUAUGUCAUAAUCAAUUUAAAUGUAUAUUUUUUUGUCACCAUCAUAAUCCCUAAGUAGAUCAAUCUCUUCGUUUCUAGUGAUGUCAAAUAAUAUACAUUUUCACAGUAGACGAUCAUUCUUAUGAAGUUCUACAUGUGAUACAUGCUGUACAUGCUGCACAUGCUGUGCAUAAUUACACAAAGAUGACAUUUCCCAUCAGAUCUCUUCAUUAAUUGAAGUGUUGCUUCACAUAUCUUAUAUCUCAUGUACUGCAUUAACCAUUUUGCGGUAGCGGCAUCAAUUUCUUCGCGAUGAUCUAUAUUUUAAAAUAUCUAUUUAUAAACUGACAACAAUCUUGGUUUUGAACUUAAAUUUCCCAUAAGUUACGUAAAAAUAACGCCAGAUUGUACUUGGCGCCCUCAAUCCACUUCUUCUUUGGUAGAAUAUAAUCUGAAAUGAUAGAAUGAUAUCGUCGUUUUCAUUCCAUACCCUGUAGGUUGAGGCUGAAGUAAUUUGUCUGCUUCAUCCCAUCGCAUGAUCAUAAAUGGAUACUUAAAGGACCCCUUGUAGAAUUGUGCUCAUUAUACAGAUCAAAACUGAUCUUAUUGCGCCGUUACAACACUUUGUAUGAUCAACAUCAGCUCCAAAUUAUUACGUCUAGUUAUUUCUCUUCAAUCCUGAUGUACUGUAGUGUUAUUUUCAAUUUAGGUCCAAGACAUGCUUUCAAAUGAAGAUAAACAUUUAAAUGUAUAUGCAUUUUUUUAUUCACAUUUUCAGAACUGUCAGUUCUUAAAUAAUACGACUUUCUAUUUUUGGGAUCGUUCUUCAAACAACUUCUUCGCAAGGAUAUCAUUAAACAAGUACUGAGACAAAAGUUUUGUUAUUUUGAUUGUUUUACUUAUCCUAAUCAAACAUUCACGAGAAUUUGAAUUCGCGACCGAAUUUGUUUGUUGAUAAACAUGUAAAUUACAUUAGUUAUUCUAAUGGUUUCUUUAUCUUUGAGAUUUCAAAUUCGCGACUGAAUCUUUGUGAAGAUAAACAUAUAAGUUACAUUAAGAUUUCUCACGAUCACUUUCUUUGUAAUUUGAUCUAUUAUUUAAGACAAACUACUAUUCUAUUUACAUAUUCAUUGUUGUAAUCGAUGAUUGCUGGUCAUGUUAAAACUUGAAUUAAGUUAUUCUCUCUCAAACCAAACCUAUUGUCAACACUGCAAUAUGAUCAUUAACAGGUUUGAAUAAUACAAGUCAAACUUAGGUGAUUUUAAUAAAAUAUAAAUAAAGAUAUGAGAAAUAACAAACAACAAGUCUGUAUGCAUGAUGCUUAAUGGAUUAAGUGUUUAUUGUUUAAUUGAAUACACUGAAAGCCCAUGCGAGGUCCAUUAAGACACUAAGAUAAACAUGGUACCUACACAAUAUAUCGUCGUUUAAUUCACGGACACGCCCACCUUAAUGGGCGGUGCUGUUACUGCCAAUCUAAUUAUAGUGGUAAUGCAGCAGCCCUCUCUGACCUGACAGUUCCACAUGUUACAGUACCAUCAAGAUUUGUCUACAUAUCAGACUCACGGUACCUGUAUUAGAUAUAUUACAAAUAAUAUAUCACAAAUAUAUUGUAUACAUUUCAAAACACGUUUCAAAGAAAUUAUUAAAAGAAUAAUAAUUAGAUAUAUAUUGUUUCUUAAUUCAUUUUAGAACGUGCAUUGUUGUAAGUUGGACUGCAGCUUCAUUUAGUGACAUACCAUUAUUGUCCGUUUCUAACCGCAAAUUCGAUCAACUUAAUUUAAAAGUCAGCAGAAACGUACUCAUUGACCUUAUAUUAAAGUACUUCAGAUCAAUUUAAUUUUGCAAUAAAUUAAUUUCAGUACAAAACACGCUCAUUAGUCGGUGCACGUGGAAUAGGUUAUUGCGUUGUAAUUAUAGUGUAACAUGUGUUUUUGUAAUGAUCAGCAACUAACAUGCUGUGAUCACCGACGUAAAGUAAGAGGUUGUCAACAGAGAACAGCAUGUUGCUUAUAAGUUCUCAUUAAAAUACCGAACAAAUUCAACAGAAUUGAUGUCACAAACUCAAUACAUCUUGUAGGGGUACAUGGCUUCAGACAAGAGUACUUUAUAUAUCAACGUCAUCGACAACCUCAUUCAUGACUACUAUAGAUAGUUUAGAAGCAUCCUAUGGCAUUUGCAAAACUUCAAAAGACUAUCUUUCCUACGAAAAUAAAAAACACUUACACGUCUUUGAAAGAAGAAACAUUGUCCAGACAUACGCUCUACAAUCAUCAGAUAGCAAACAUUCUACAGUUAAGUUUACAUAUUCCUGUAUUUAAAUCAUGCAUUACAUUGUUGCGUGUAUUAA